CUUUCCGGUAGCACUUUAGCUAAUCCUACAGGGUUUGACGCGCGGCGUUCAGGCGCUGCCAAGUCGGGCAACCAAAUACCGCUGAGCGUCGCCCAUGCGGCCGAAGCCUGCCGCCACUGCACCGUAGAGGGCGGCUCCACGCACGGGUUCAUGCUCGCUAGGUGACCGGAGUUGCUCUGCUUUCCGCCGUCGAGCCGAGACGUCGCGCUCCGAAACGCCAACGGACGGCGCCACAAUGAGCGCGGAGCGCCAGAGCGGCAGCGAGGACGCGAGCGAGCCGCGGGACAGGCCCAACAGCGGCGGCGGCGGCUCCGACAAAGACCCUGACGUUGACCACUCGGACGGGGACGUGGUCCGGAGCGCGUCUCCCUCGCGGCCCGGGAGCAGCGGGCAGCAGCCGGUCAGCGGCGUCGAGGACCGCGCCGCCGCCGCGCCGCAGACGGGGAGCGGCGCGGGCUCCGGUUCCGACAGCGGCCGCGGAAACAGCCUGUUCGACUGGCUGCAAAGCAGGACGAUACGACGCGGGGUGUUUGUGGAUCCAGCCAGAGACAACUUCAGGACAAUGACCAGCCUGUACUGCUCCAUGAAUCCGGCUGCCGAGUCCGUCAACCUGAGCAGCCAGACCCACGGAGCCGUGUUUAACCUGGAGUACUCCCCGGACGGGUCCGUUCUGACUGUGGCCUGUGAACAGACUGAAGUCCUGCUCUUCGAUCCCGUCUCUUCCAGACACAUCAAAACUCUGACCGAGGCCCACGAGGACUGCGUCAACAACAUAAGGUUUCUGGACAAUCGCUUGUUUGCCACCUGCUCUGACGACACCACCAUCGCCCUGUGGGACCUGCGUAAGCUGAGCGCCAAGGUCUGCUCGCUGCACGGCCACGCCAGCUGGGUGAAGAACAUCGAGUACGACACCAACACGCGGCUCCUCGUCACGUCCGGCUUCGACGGCAACGUCAUCACGUGGGACACCAACAGGUUCACGGAGGACGGCUGCCCGCACAAAAAGUUCUUCCACACUCGCUACUUGAUGAGGAUGCGUCUGACGCCCGAUUGCUCCAAGAUGCUCAUCUCCACUUCCUCGGGGUACCUGCUCAUCCUCCACGACCUGGACCUCACCCAGAGCCUGGAGGUGGGCAGCUACCGCAUGCUGCGCGCCCGACGGACUCCGCUCAGCUCAGAUGGAGGCACAUCAGCAUCCAGGUUGAGCGGAACCCCUCGACACGGGAACGACUCCAGCAAGAUCCACCCUCACAGAGAAGGCCUUUCUCCCAGGAACAGCCUGGAGGUUUUGACCCCAGAGAUCCCAGGAGAGCGGGACAGAGGGAACUGCAUCACGUCCCUGCAGCUCCACCCAAAGGGCUGGGCCACACUCAUCCGAUGCUCCAGCAACAUGGACGACCAAGAGUGGACGUGUGUGUACGAGUUCCAGGAGGGGGCUCCCACCCGCCCGCUGGUGUCCCCUCGCUGCUCCCUCCGCCUCACCCACUACAUCGAGGAGGCCAACGUGGGGCGGGGCUACAUCAAGGAGCUGUGCUUCAGCCCUGACGGCCGCCUCAUCUGCUCCCCCUACGGCUACGGCGUGCGCCUGCUGGCCUUUGACGAGAGCUGCGCCGAGCUGGCCGACUGCCUGCCGGUCCAAACCAGCUGCCUCAGGGAGAUCCGCUCCAUCUACUCGCACAGCGACGUGGUGCUCACCACCAAGUUCUCUCCGACACACUGCCAGCUGGCCUCGGGCUGCCUCAGUGGACGCGUGGCCCUCUACCAGCCCAAGUUCUAGUGGUCCCUGUCAGCGAAGCCCUGCUCCGAUGAGGCUCCAGGCUCUGACACCACAGAGCUGCUGUAUUGGGUUGACUUACGUGAACCUAAUGAAGUGGAUUUGUAGGAUUUUCGACCCUAUUUAAUUCUAAAAUAAAUUAAUAGCAACUGUUUGCUUUCCAGCGAGUUCCUGCAGUCAGAGAUGCAGUCGUGUCUUUUGAGGCGUCGCUUGACUUUAAUACACUUACUUUUGUGAUGUGAUGCUUUUUCUUCUGAAUCCUUUUUCAGACAAACUAAUCUGAAACUCCACCCACCUGUCACCUAAACACAACAAGUAAUCGAUAAUAUUUCCAGCACAUCUGGACCCAGGUCUGCAGCUGUGCACCAGAUUCAGUUGAUCACUGGACGGAGGACGUCCCAGCUUUGAUGGGCUGUGAAGUCCUGGACGUAGAUGCACCUGCUGCUGCAGACAGACUCCGAUGAAGUCAGGAGAUCGGUCUGAAACGAGCGGCAGGCGAACUGUGGGACUAGUUCAUCAAAGACUUGGGCUUGUUGUCAGACUGGGCUUGUUCAGGUGCUGCCUUGGGACAAAAACACUAAAAAAGAGACGCUCUUACCGCUUUGGUCUGAGGAGGCGGCGCCCGUGUCCUGCCCUCAUCUCCACGUGACGUCGGCCGAUGGCGUCGCCCUCAGCUGCUCUGCUUUGCUCAUGCCUUCUUCUACAGGUGCUGCUUCUCUGCUCAUACAAUCGGACGUUUGGGCCUCGUCAUCGAUGCCUUUCGUCUUCGCUCCUGAGUCGAGGCAUCUCACUUCUUCCCUCUGUUUCUACUCACUCCUGACUUUAACGCGUUGUGAUUGUGUUUGUAGCAGUGUUUGUAACAUCUGACUCCAGACGUGUGAUGGUCGAGGCUGCUUUAGCGCUGACCAACAUCUGCCUCCACUGUUUGUUUCUAGCUCAUGUCAGAAGCUCUGUUUUCAAGAACCACUCCACCAAAUGAUGUCAUAACAUUUUAAUGUGAACUGUCAGUUACGUUGAAGCAAUUCUGGCGUUGCCGUAUAUUCUGCAGACCUGCAGAUUAACGCGUGUGGUGCUUAAUCUUGAUCUCCAGCAGUAGGCCGUGAAAUGAUUCAGAAUAGACUACAAUGCCCACAUUCAUACUAUAAGAUGAUUUCAGUGCUGUGGCUCAUUGGUGUGUUCUUAAUGUUUUUUUUACUGCAGCUGUGUUGCGUCUGUUGUACUGAUUAGGAUCAUUCAUGGGGUGUGAUGCAGAUUCUUGCUGGCCUCAUUCUGAUCGCUGGCUUGGUUCAUUGUUGGUGAUUUAACCUUUGCAGGGAGGCCGACUUGUCCCGCUCCCUGCUCUGGUGCGUUUGUUCACAUGAUGUUUGAUCAUUUUACCCUCGUCAUGUUCAGUUUCUCUGUCUGCGUCUGCGUGCCAGAACACAACAGUUCACACGGACUGACUGCACAAUAGACAUGUGCUGUUAUGUAAACAGAGACGUGAGUGUAUAUUACUAUGCAUACCAGCCUUCAUGGAGAUUCUCCUUAUUUAUGAAAGACCAGAUGCCAAAAUAAGUUUUACUUGGAUAAAGUGAUUCUUCUUUGUAGUGAACUGUGAGCUGAGGACUAAACAGAUCAUCUGCUCUUAUUUAUUUGAAUAUUCUUUAAAUUGAACAAAAACAUCUAAUGAAAUGCGUUCUACGGUUCGUCUAGGAACAGCGACAGUCAGAACAUGUGAUAAUUGGUAUUUCAAAGCGACUGGGACGUUUUAACCUCAAAUAUAGACGUGACUUGUUAAUUCUCAGCUCACAACUUGCUCCUGUGCGUAAUGAGUGAGAUGCUUCUAUCACUUUGUACAUGUUCCCUGUGUUUUUCAGUUUGUCACAGAUUAAUUUCACUUUCAACUCUUGUAGAAUAAUUUAGCCUAAUAAUAAAAUCAUUAAAUGUUUAUUGCCUGA